AUGCUAGUAAUAGACCAUGACAGACCGGACGGACCGCAGCAGGCAGGAUCACAGCCAAAAGUCAAUCUAGCUAGACCUUGGUGUGUCGUAGCUGGAUCGUUGGCGAUCAUUUGGGCUACUUAUGGUCUACUUGCGUCAAAUGGCGUUUUCAUAUCAUACUGGUCCUCGAAUCAGCUAGCACAUAUGCCCCGAAGCUCAACAACUUGGAUCAACGGAGUUCAUCUCUUUCUAAGUCUUGUCCUGGGUUACCCGGCCGGCCUCAUCUUUGACAAGUACGGCUCUAACCUUCUCAUGACCGGUGGUGGUAUCUUUUACCUGGCGGGGAUCUUCGCCAUGGCAGAAAGCACAAAGUUCUGGCACUUCAUGCUCGCGUAUGGCGUCGUUGCGGGAACUGGUUGCGGUGUAUCAAGUACAAUUGCAAUCAGUGUUCUCAGUCAUUGGUUCAAGGAGAAACGGGGGCUAGCAACGGGCAUUGUCAUGCUGGGAGGAAGCUUAGGAGGCGUCAUGUUUCCGCUGACGCUGAGGCCAUUGUUCCAAAAGAUUGGAUGGUCUUGGAGCAUUCGAGCCCUUGCAAUCUUUAUCUCUAUCCUGGUUAUUAUUGGGAUUCUGUGUAUCCGAUCGGGACCUCAAAUGCGACAUACGAAGAAGGCACCUUUCAAGAUGUUCUUGAACCCGACAUUCCUUCUCAUGACUAUCGGUGUUGCUGCCUUUGACUUUGUUCUGUUCGGAGCUCUUGGAUUGCUACCAGCAUUCGGAGAGAGCUUAAAUCACAGUCAUACUACUAGCUACCAGUUGCUUGCAAUACUAAACGCCUGUUCUGGAGUAGGACGCAUCCUGGCUGGAAUGUUGGCAGACCGCAUUGGCCCCUUGAACGCCACAAUCUCUGUUCUCUCAGUCGGACUGAUCUCGAUGUUAGCAUUUUGGCUGAUAUCGAAUCUACAUGUCGCACUUCUGUAUGCAUUCGCGGCCAUGUUUGGACUGAGCAGUGGUGGUGUCCUGAGCCUGGAACCUCUUUGUAUUGGCCGGUUAUGUCAUGAAAGCCACUUUGGCCAGUUUUAUGGAGCCUGCUUUCUUGCGGUUGCCGCGAUAACCAUGAUUUGCAUUCCUGUGGGUAGCACCCUGCUUGAUACCUUUGGGCAGCAUGGAUUUGUUGCUUUCUUUGCCUGUGUACUGCUCAUCUCGAUUAUAAGUUUUGCGGGAUCCCGAUGGCUCAUUUGUAAAGGAAAGGUGGAUGGAAUGGUCGACGAUGGACAGGAGAUAAUGGUUGAGCAAAAGAGAGGCAUCCGUUAUGUAUAG